AUGCUCACCUCUUUCAAAUGUCUUGGGGCUUUUCAUUCGUUUGUGUUCACAUCUUUCAAAUGGUUUGAUAUCCGCGAUGAGGAGUUCUGUCUGCAGCUGGACGCACACAGCCAGUUGCUCGCAGACUGGGACACCAAGCUAGUCAAGGAAUGGGUCCGCACUGACAACGAGAUGGCCGUGCUGACGGCAUACCCCUCGGGCUUCCACAUGAUCGGCGAGAACGGCACGUACUAG